AUGCCUACCGUUUCAGUUCCAAAGCAGCAUUUCUUCGAUCUGCUAGGUAAGCAGUAUACCAAUGAGGAUUUUGACGAACUCUGUUUUGAAUUUGGUGUAGAAUUGGACGAAGACACUACUGAAGAAGCGUUGAAGACAAAUGAAGAGCCAGAGUUGAAAAUCGAGGUUGGUGCAAACCGUUAUGAUCUACUUUGUACCGAGGGUAUUGCCCAGUCCUUGAACGAGUUUUUAGAAAGAAAAGAGACACCAAACUACAGACUCUCGAAGGCCACUACUAAGCUUUACAUCGAGCCCUCCACGGAACAGAUUAGACCAUAUGCGGCUGCAGCGUUUCUCAGAGGUAUCAAGUUCACCGAAAAAUCCUACCAGUCUUUUAUCAACUUGCAGGACAAAUUGCACUCGAACCUGUGCAGAAACAGAAGCUUAGUUGCGAUGGGAACCCAUGACGCCAGUACCAUCAAGGGUCCUUUUCACUACAAAGCUCUUCCUCCCACCGACUUCAAGUUUGUGCCAUUAAAUCAGACCAAGGAGUUUACCGGUGCUGAAUUGAUAGACCUCUACAAGCAACCGGACCAGAAAAACAACUUGGGCAGAUUUGUUCACAUCAUAGAAGACUCUCCAGUCUUUCCCGUCGUCGUCGACAGCAACAACACCGUCUGCUCAUUGCCACCAUUGAUAAACUCUGAGCACUCCAAAAUAUCGGUCAACACCUCAGACGUCUUUAUAGAGUGUACCGCCACUGACAAAACUAAGGUGGAAAUUGUCAUCAACCAGAUCGUGUCCAUGUUUUCUCGCUACUGUGCAGAACCUUUCGUGGUGGAACCUGUGGAUGUUGUUUCUGAGCACAACCAACAGUCUCGUGUAACCCCUAAUUUCACUCCAAACGUCAUGGAAGUCUCCACCGCAUACAUCAAUUCGUGUCUAGGUCUAGAACAAUCACCACAGGAAAUCUGCCACAACUUGAAAAAGAUGUCUCUACACGCCACCCCUUCCAAAAAUGACGGCUAUCUUGAGGUUUCGAUUCCUAUCACCAGACCAGAUAUUUUACAUCCUUGUGAUAUUAUGGAGGACGCAGCCAUUGGCUACGGAUACAACAAGUUGCCAAAGGGCGAGAAGCUGUCCAAUGCGAACUUUGUUGCAGCACCACUUCCAAUCAACAAAAUAUCUGAUAUCUUCAGAACUGCUUCAGCGCAAGCUUCGUGGAUAGAAGUCCUUCCGCUAACGCUUUGCUCCCAUGAUGAAAACUAUAAGUUUUUGAGAGUAAAAGACGACGGCAAGCAGGCGGUGAGAUUGGCAAACCCUAAGACGUCAGAGUAUCAAGUUGUCAGAACUACAUUGCUACCAGGUAUUUUGAAAACUGUAAGAGAGAACAGAAAGCAUACUUUGCCUAUCAAAGUUUUCGAAGCAGGUGACAUAGUUUUGAAAAACGAUCAGCUGGAGCGCAAGGCAUUCAAUGAGCGUCACUGGGGUGCUGUUUACGUGGGCAAAAACUCUGGGUUUGAAAUCAUACAAGGUCUCUUGGGAAAAAUCAUGCAAACUUUCAGAACUCAGUGGGUGGCAGACUUCGGCAAGUCCACCUCAACAAGAGGUUACUGGAUUGAGGAGGAUGAGUCAUUGCCAACCUACUUUCCAGGAAGAGGUGCAAGAGUCAUGUUUAGACCAAAGGAGGGUGAAGAGGCCAAGAAAAUUGGUACUCUAGGUGUGCUACACCCUGAAGUCAUGAAAAACUUUGACCUACCCUACGCCGCCUCUUAUGUGGAAUUGAACUCUGAGGUCUUUCUAUAA